AUGAUUCUCGCCACAGCCUCAGAUAAUUGGCAACUAUGCACAGCAGUCUUUCUCGUAUUAUGGCUCGGAUAUGUCGUCGUCCGUCGUCGGUACUUCCACCCCCUAUCAAAAGUCCCUGGACCAUUGCUCUGGUCACUUUCCAGUCUACCUAUUCUCUACCACCAAGCUCUCAGAGAAGGGAAACUCAUCCACGUUCUUCCCAAACUGCAUGAGCGUUACGGUCCAAUAAUCCGCAUCUCCCCAAACGAAAUUCACCUCAAUGACCCGGCAAACUACGACAAAAUAUAUAACGUCCUCAGCAAAUUCACCAAAGACCCCUCUUUCUACGGCCCCAUCGAAGGGCCAGUCCGAACACCCGUAAUCCUAACCGUGAUAUCCAACGAGGCCCACCGAGCGCGCCGCUCAGCCCUCAAUCCCUUCUUCUCGCGACGCUCAGUCCUAGAUCUCGAGACCGUUGUACGCUCUAAAUCUUUGCUGUUCUGCGAAAUUCUUUCUUCCGCUCUCUCCAAGGACGAGAUUGAUCUUGAGCAUGAGAGUAAGGAUAAGAAGAAAGCAUUCAAUGCCCACGGCGCAAUAAGAGCCUUUGCUACAGACGUUAUUACUGAAUAUGCAUAUGCAAACUGCUGGAAUUUUCUCGAUGAGGAAGAUUUCGGGGCUUGGUAUCCGAGGGCGAUUCGUGCUGUGCAGACCAUGUUUGUUUGGUUCCAGACGUUCCCGAGAUUGAUUCCAGUUUUUGGGUGGGUUCCGGAUCGGGUUAAUAUGUUGCUGUUUCCGCCUUUUAGGAAGUGGUUUGAGAGUCUUGAUGUGAUCCGAAAUUUCAUUAAGGAAGUACGCCGCGAAAUCGAUGAUGAGGUCAAGCCCGAACGGCGAACCAUCUUUCAUGACCUGAUAGAUCCCCCUCUCGAAUCAACCGGUAAGAAGCGACAGAAACUGUCCGACGAAGCCGUGUUCGCAGAUGCCGUCGUUCUGACAGGAGCGGGUGUUGAAACAACCGGUGCCACUGCUGAACGAGCAAUCUACGAAGUAAUCAGCAAUCCGGUUAUAUAUAAGACGCUGGUGAAGGAGCUACGAGAUGCAUUUCCGGACGCUGAGAACAUGACUUUGAUGGCUUUGGAAGCACUUCCUUAUUUGAGUGCUGUUAUUAAGGAAUCUUUGAGCCAGUUUCCACUUCUCAAGAAAUUCCCGCCAACGGAGUCCAGAAUCAACCCAGGUACACCAGGCCACCUUCCCCGCGUUGUCCCUCCGGGCGGCGCAACAUUCAACAACAUCUCCCUCCCCCCAGGGACAGUGGUGAGCAUGAGCAUCUGGCUCAUGCACCACGACCCCGUUGCCUUUCCUAAUCCCGAGACAUUUGAUCCUAACCGCUGGCUUGGCUCAGAGGACGAGGUUCGCGAUCGUGAGCGGUGUCUUGUUCCAUUCAGCAGAGGAAGUCGUAAUUGCGUGGGAAAGAAUCUCGCUAUGAGUGAGCUGUACUUUUUAAUUGGGACUGUGUUUUGCCGGUUUGAUGAUCUAGAGGUGCAUCCUGAUUUUGGAAAAGAGGAUUUGGAGAUGGUGGAGUUGCUUGUGGGGUAUCGUCCGAGGAAGGCGAGGAAGUUUCGGGUUGUUAGAAAUGGUGGGGAGUGA